AUGACGUUUCUCUAUCUCUCAGCCCAACAGGUGGCUUUCUCAGCCUCUCUGCUGGAGCAAGGUGGUGGAUCUUAUGCUGGACCAUUUAACACAGAGACUACUCUGAUCUUCAAACGCGUUGUCACAAACAUUGGAAAUGUCUACAACCCAGCCACAGGUAUUUUCACUGCACCAGUGAGAGGAGUCUACAACUUUGAGUUGACCCUGCAUGGACACGGAAACAAUGACAAUCCUACAUCUGCUAGGUUGUUCAGGAAUAACGAGCUCAUUUUUACGGCAUGGGAACAUCAGACAACACAUUCUAUAAGUACCUCUAAUGGUGGCUCACUGCUUCUAGAUGCUAAAGAUCAGGUGUAUGUGCGCCUCUGGCCUGGUGGGAGGAUAUUUGAUGAUUACAAUCGUCACACCUCCUUCAGAGGUCAUCUGCUUUUCCCCAUGUGAAAGGUGUACCAGCUGCAAACUUCCUGUUUGGGUUGUCUUGUAGCUUUUUCUUUAUUUUUUCAGAAGUAAAACAGGAAGUUAAUCACCUGCUGGGAUCAGUGAAACUGUUUUCUUAUU